AUGGCCGUCUUGUCUACUAUCCUCGCUCUCGCCGCUCUCGGCGUCCCCUACCAUGCUGCCGCUGCUUGGGGAAGCAAUGGAACCUCGAGCAACGGCACCUUCAAACAUGUCAUGAUGAUUAGCGUCGACGGCAUGCAUCCCAGCGACGUUGCCAAGUGGAUUGCGCUUCGUCCGCAAAGCAAUAUCUCUCAGUUGAUUGAGCAUGCCUACCAGUAUACCGAUGCGUACACCUCUGCUCCAUCCGACUCCUUCCCCGGCACUGUUGCCCAGUACACUGGCGCAACGCCGAGGACGACGGGCAUCUGGUACGAUGAUACCUGGGAUUGGACGUUCUGGCCGCCUUCAAGCAAUUGCUCAGGACCCCCCGGAGCGAAUGUGCUUUUCGAUGAGACCAUCGACUACAACAGCACCGAGCUGUUUUCAGGCGGCAUCGAUCCGGCCCAUCUGCCACAGAGCCUCGUCAACGGCACGUGUCAACCCAUCUACCCGCAUCAACGACUCCGCGUCAACACCAUCUUCGAACUCAUCACUGCUGCUGGCUACCAAACCGCCUACACUGACAAGCAUCCUGCAUAUGAUGUUGUCAGAGGCCCCAGCGGCACAGGGCUGACCGUUGGCUACUUUCCCGAGAUUGCUGCGGUCAAUACCACUCUCUCCGAAAUCAUCCCAUACGAUCAACUGCACGUCAACGCCUGGCUGGACUGGAUCAAUGCAACCACCCCCGUCAACACCACUAUUUUCAACGGCAACCUGACCGAAGUCCCCACGCUAUUCGGCGGCAACUUCCAAUCCUUGUCGGUAGCCCAAAAGACCAUCGGCUACGACAACGACACCUCCAACUCCCUCAGCGCCGGCCUGAUCGAAGCCUUUGAAUUCGUCGACAGCUCCAUCGGCGCCGUGAUCAACGACCUCAAAGCAAAGAACCUCUACGACGACACCGUCAUCGUCGUCGCCUCCAAACACGGCCAAGCACCCAUCCAGCGCUCCCUCUACCGCGCCAUCGACCCCACCGCCGUCAACAACAACACCGGCGUCCCCUACGCCUGGAUCACCACUGACGACAUCGCCCUCAUCUGGCUCAACAGCUCCUCCGACACGGCCAAGUGCAGAGAGAACUUGUUGGCCAACGCCACCGCCGUCGGCAUCCUCGAUGUCAUCUACGGGCACAACCUGACACACUCUGGCUUCGGGAAUCCGCAAAUCGAUCCUGCUGUACCGAAUCUCAUCGUCCAGCCGGACUUGGGCGUGGUGUACACCACUUCCGUCAAGGAUGCGGAGCACGGUGGGUUGAGUUACGAUGAUCGCGUUGUCGCGUGCUUCCUUAGCAACCCGAGCUUUGAGAAGAAGACUUUCAACCAGACUGUUUAUACGACGCAGGUGGCGCCGACGGUGCUGGGGUUGUUGGGAAUUGUGCAUCCGCUGUUGCAGGGUGCGGCUUCGGAGGGGGUGACGACGCUGCCUGGGUUUACCUCGUUGGCUAGUUAA